AUGUCGGGGUCCAGUGCGGGAGCAAAAAGAAAAAGAGUUGUUUUGUCAAUUGCUACGAAACUGCAAAUUGUCGAACGUGCUGAAAAGGGGGAGUCAAUUGCUAAGCUUUCAUCAGAAUUUAACAUAGUAAAUCAAACAGUGCGUGAUAUUGUUCGGAAGAAAGAUGAACUCUAUAAGUUCGUAACUUCUUCCGAUACAUUUAACGGGACGAGUGCGUGCAAGACAACAAAGGGUUCAAAAUUUGACGAUCUGGAUAGAGCUGUGUUCGAAUGGUUCAAGCAAAAACGCGCUGAGGGAUGUCCUGUAUCCGGGCCAUUGCUGCUCGAAAAAGCGAAAUGGUUUCACUGUGAGAUGAAGAUUCCUGAACCAUUUGCUGUGUCUCAAGGAUGGCUGCAAUGUUUCAAAUCUCGCCACGGAAUUAGACAGUUGGAUAUCCAAGGUGAGAAAAUAAGCGGUGAUUCUGACGCUACAGCACUAUACGUAACGGAAUUUAAACGUCUUGUCGAGGCUCAUGAUCAUUCACCUGACCAACUUUAUAAUGCUGAUGAGACUGGCUUGUACUGGAAAGCUUUGCCGUCAAAAACGCUCGUAUCAAAAGAAGAAAAGUCUGCUCCAGGUCACAAGUCCAGUAAGGAACGAAUAACAGUGCUAGCAUGCACUAACGCUAGUGGUUCGCACAAAUUGAAACUCAUAUGCAUUGCAAAGUCUAAGAAUCCACGAUUAUUUAAGGGAACACAAAUGUGCAAUUUUCCUGUCCUUUACUACAAUCAGACCAAAGCAUGGAUAAACAGAGAGAUUUUUAAAGAUUGGUUUUUUAAACAUUUUGUUCCUGCUGUUCGAGACCAUCUACGCUCCAAAAAUUUGCCACAAAGAGCUGUGUUACUGUUGGACAACGCACCUUCCCAUCCUAGCAAAAAUGUCCUGAAAACAAGCGAUGACCAGAUUUUCGUUGCAUAUCUUCCUCCAAACAUGACAUUGCUUAAGCAAUCUAUGGACCAGGGCGUCUUAGAAGCAUUCAAGCAACGUUACAAGAAAUCUUUACUCCGUUCAGUCUUGGAAGAAGACGGAGAUCUCCGUGAGUUUUACAAGAAAUGGACAAUUAAGGACGCAAUUUUCUCAUGUUCAGAAAGUUGGGAUGACAUGCCAAAAUUAACCUUUCGAAAGUCAUGGCGAAAAUUGUUCCCUGAUGUAAUGGAUAGUGUUGAAAACGUCAAUGACAGUGAAAGCCAAGAAAUAACAGCGGCAUCGCUUUUGGAGGAAAUUCAAAAUGUAAAUGGAUUUGAAGACGUCGACAGAGUAAACAUCGAAGAAUGGCUACUCUCUGAUAAUGAUCAGCCUGGAUAUCAAGUGAAAGACGACGCCGCCCUUGCUGCAGAAGCGAAGUCAAGUGCGGAAUUGCCGGAAGAAAGCGACGAUGACGCAUUUGAAGAUGAACCUUCAGAAAAGAAAGUUUCGAUUGCAGAAGCACUAAAUUUUGCCGAAACAUUGCUAGACUUUCUUGAGCAGGAAGCGGAUUCAAAUUUUUGUGACAUCCUAACGCUUCGCAAGCUCCGCACGUCAAUAAAACUGAAGCGCUGCAAGAACACAAAGCAGCGUCUCCUAUCUGAUUUUGUCAAGAAAACUUCAUAA